CCAGCUUCCUCUUUACUUGUGGACUCCAUACUGCUCCUCCCACAUGCUGACAAACCCUCACACCACUGACAGUGUUGCCUGUGGAUAACUCUUCAUCUGUGAGCCUUCGGACCUCUGGCUUCCAACAUCUUGUUUACGUAUGCACGGCAGCACAAGCAUCUUGAAAAGAUCAGAAGGACCGGUGGCCAUCAGCCUCUGUCUCUCUUAUUUCCUCCUUGACCAGAAAUCAACACAGAGAGGAUGCCUGACGCUCUUUGUAUUGUGGGUUCGUUGUUUGGAUCUGCAGAAGGACAGCAAGACUGCAGUUCCUGUUACCUGAUAAACAUGGGAUCUGUACUGGCCAUUAUUGCCUCUGAUAUUAUCCUGACUGUCUUUAUUGCUAUUUCUGUGUUCUGCUUUGCCACUCACUACAAAAGAAGGAGAGAAUGGGAUUCUCAUGAUGGCAGAAGAAACUCACCAUCAUCAGUAUCAAAGAAAAUGGCAGCAGAGGUCACAGAAUCUCCCUACCAGGAGUUACACGGAGUCCAGUCAGAUGUGUACAGUGAGCUUCGGCACUUUAGGAAAUGAAAGAGCAGACCUAUAAAAAUCUCACAUCUGUAAUUAUUUUCACAAGUUAUAACCACAGUACCACACCUACUCUACACACAUCUUGUUUUUCCACUUACACUUCUGCAGCAUUAUAAGUAAUAACAUGCAGUAUAUACAGUAUGUGUAUGUAACUGAUUUAUAUUUUAUUCAGUGAGUACUGUGUUGUGCUGGAUAUGAUGCCUACUGCAUCACAUUUAUGUUUUGUUUUUUUGUAAAAUCUUAAGCUAAAAUAUGUGUUUGUAUUGAACUAAUUAUAGAUUAAACUACAUUUUAAAACCAAGGAAAUGAAAAA